UUCCCACCAUGGUACAUUUUCCAGAGGGACAUGGUACCUUGCCUAGGCUUCCCUCCAUGGCAGCGCCCUCUGGUAGUGCACCAGGGUAUAGAGUCAUUUGUCUGAAAUACGCUUACUCAAUUAUAUAGUAAAACUAGCAACAAAGCCCAUUGUGGGGAAAAAUACAACGGGCUCUAGAAAGCUGCUUCGGGUUGUUUUUUAAAAAAUAAUUUCAUGAAACAUAGCUAGGAAGGGCUUUGCAGGCUGGGCAGGCCUUCCCACACCCACCGUGGCUUGAUCGGGGCUGGGGAGGGGCAUGCUGGUGGGCCAGGCACUCCCAGCUUCUUCCACCACAGCCUGAUCGGGGCUGGGGAGGGUAGAGCCAACCUGCUGCGGUGCCUUCUGAGGCUACAGAGGCUUGGGAGUGCUGCAGCCAUACAGGAAUAAAACGAUCCAUGGCCUCCACCGUACCACCCAAUUUCUCCUGGGUAGCCCCCGGACGACUUGCGGGGCUGGCCAUGCCACGGCUCCCUGCCCAUUAUCAGUACAUGUAUGAACAUGGCAUACGGCAUCUGGUGUCGCUCACAGAGCGCAGCCCGCCUUACCACGACACAUGCCCCGGUAUCCAGGUGCACCGCAUGCGCAUUGCAGACUUCUGCCCUCCGUCGACUGAGCAGAUUCAACGCUUCUUGCAGCUCGUCGACGAUGCCAAUGCCAAGGGAGAGGCAGUGGCGGUGCAUUGCCUGCUGGGAUUUGGCCGGACCGGAACCAUGCUGGCUUGUUACCUUGUGAAGACCCAGAAGAUCACCGGCGUCGACGCCAUUCACAAAAUCCGUGAGAUACGUCCCGGCUCCAUCGAGACAUCCGACCAGGAGAAAGCCGUUGUCCAGUUCCACCACCGUAUCAAAUAGCCAUCUGCCUUUGGGGCAAGGGGGACUGCUUGGCUGUUGAGACAAUUCCAGUGGACAGCAUUAAGGAACGAGACUGACUUUCUAAAUUCUCCCCCAUUACCGGGGAAGGACUUCCUGGAUGUCAGGAGAGCUAAAAUAAUUGGGAGGGGGGGGGGGACCUGAUUUGGGAUUCUUUAGGAUGGGAGGAGGCUGGAAACUGUGGCUGGAAUCGAGGGGGGAUCCCUGGCACAAGAUUGGGGUGCAAGAUUACCUUUUCCAAGAUCACUCAAUAGAAUGUGUGGGCUGCACACAACAAGAUUUCCCUUCCUUGCCUAGAGAAAUGGGUGCUGUACGGGGUUGGAGGCUGCUUUCAUACAGGGGUCGGGCAGUCCUUAUCUGUUUCUUGUGAUGGCCCUCUCGUCAAUCUUUUGACAAGUGGAGACCUCAUUUGCUGUCCAGGGAUUAAAAGAGAUCGUGUUGGUGGUUUCUAAAUGGGACAGGCUGCAACUGAUAGUCUUCGUUCCGCUAAAGGAGAGGAAGCCGCUCUGAUCAUUUAUAGAUGAGCUAUACCCACACCAUACAUCACAGUAUUUUGUACUCUGGCUGGCUGUGGGACUCCAGGGUCUCCUGCAAAGAAAGGUCUUUCCUUUUCCACUGAAUACAUAAAGCUGCCUUAUACUGAA